AUGCUAUUUAUUUCUAAUUCUCAGAUCCUGAACCGUUGGUUUGAGUCUGAGCCUCUUAAAGCCACACUGGCUACAGAUGCUGUGAUAGGAGCUAUGACCAGCCCUAACAGCCCGGGCAGUGGGUGAGACACAGACACAGACAGACAGACAGACAGACAGACAGACAGACAGACAGACAGACAGACAGACAGACAGACAGACAGACAGACAGACAGACAGACAGACAGACAGACAGACAGACAGACAGACAGACAGACAGACACAGACACACACAUCCCUCAGAAUUAAAUAGAACAUUAUAUUGUAUAUAUGGUGUGGACAAUAAAGUUUCCAACUUUGUACCCACCCCCCUGCAGGUAUGUCCUCCUUCAUCAUGUGAUGGGGGAGCUGGAGAAGGAGAAGGGAGCGUGGGGUUAUGUGGAGGGGGGCAUGGGAGGGGUGUCCAAGGCCAUCGCUAGCUCCGCCCGCUCCCACGGAGCAGACAUCUUUACUGAACAGGUCAGCUGGCUGGAUAAGCACUGCUCUCACAUUUGUUCUAUUCCAUAGUGUUGUUCAGUUUAUGAUCAACUGUAAUGGUCCAGCUGAUUAUAAUAUAAUAUAUAAUCAUAUUAUAAUACAUAAACAUACAUACAACCAUAUAGGACAGAUUUCAUUUUCCCAGGAGUGGUUAACUAGUGGUUCCCUAGUUGGUAACUCAACCUUUUGAAUAUAAUAGCUAAUGGGUCAUAUAACGUGUUCUUGUGUGAUAUGUGUGUGUGGGGGUGUGCAUGCAUAUGUGUGGGUUACAGGAUGUGCAUCAGGUCCUGGUAGGGUCAGAUGGCAGUGCCAAGGGGGUGGUCCUGAAGGAUGGCACAGAGAUCCACAGCAGAGUGGUACUGUCCAACGCUACACCCUACGUCACAUUUAAAACACUCACCCCUCAGGUAAUGCAUUUUACAGGUAACACACUUUCACAUCUUAACACACCUCAAAACUGGUGAUUAACUUUGAUCUCCAGUCAGAUUGAAUGUGAGACUACAGAGUCUGGCAAUGCGAUACUGUCCCGUUGGAGAACAAGCUAAAAAUUCCAUAGCUCAUAUACAUACAUUACAUAGAUCAAACUUCAUUCAAGAUUCAGAAAAGACAAUAGCCUAUAUACAUUACAUUCAGGAAGACAACAAAAAUAGUACAACAAAUAUUGUGCUCAGAAGUGUAAUAUUGUGUUUGUGUCCUCUUACCUUAACCCUAACCCCUCUGUUUUUCUCCUCACAGAGUGCUCUUUCUCCAGCAUUCAUCAAAGCUGUAGAUCAGAUAGACUACACCUCCCCUGUCACUAAGAUUAAUGGUACGACCAUUCUCAUCUACCUCAUACUUUUCUUUUGUGUUGUUGAACUACAGUACCAGUGAAAAGUUUGGACACGGCUACUCAUUCAAGGGUUUUUCUUUAUUUUUUACUAUUUUCUACUUUGUAGAAUAAUAGUGAAGAAAUCUAAACUAUGAAAUAACACAUAUGGAAUAAUGUAGUAACCAAAAAAGUGUUAAACAAAUCAAAAUAUAUUUUAGAUUUUAGAUUCUUCAAAUAGCCACCCUUUGCCUUCAUGACAGCGUUACACACUCUUGGCAUUCUCUCAACCAGCUUCACCUGGAAUGCUUUUCCAACAGUCUUGAAUGAGUUCCCACAUAUGCUUAGCACUUGUUGGCUGCUUUUCCUUCACUCUGCCGUCCGACUGAGUUGAGGUCGGGGAAUUGUGGAGGCCAGGUCAUCUGAUGCAGCACUCCAUCACUCUCCUUCUUGGUCAAAUAGCCCUUACACAGCCUGGAGGUGUGUUGGGUCAUUGUCCUGUUGAAAAACAAAUGAUAGUCCCACUAAGCCCAAACCAGAUGGGAUGGUGUAUCGCUGCAGUAUGCUCUGGUAGCCAUGCUGGUUAAGUGUGCCUUGAAUUCUAAAUAAAUCACAGACAGUGUCACCAACAAAGCACCCCCACACCAAAACACCUCCUCCUCCAUGCUUUACGGUGGGAACUACACAUGCGGAGAUCAUCCGUUCACCCACACCGCGUCUCACAAAGACACGGCGGUUGGAACCAAAAAUCCCCAAUUCGGACUCCAGACCAAAGGACAAAUUUCCACCAGUCUAAUGUCCAUUGCUCGUGUUUCUUGGCCCAAGCAGGUCUCUUCAUCUUAUUGGUGUCCUUUAGUAGUGGUUUCUUUGCAGCAAUUCGACCUUGAAGUCUGAUUCACACAGACACAUCUCACCAUCAACUGUUCAGAUGGGACUGUGACUUGAGCUCUGUGAAGCAUUUAUUUGGGCUGCAAUUUCUGAGGCUGGUAACUCUAAUGAACUUAUCCUCUGCAGCAGAGGUAACUCUGGGUCUUCCAUUCCUGUGGUGGGCCUCAUGAGAGCCAGUUUCAUCAUAGUGCUCAAUGGUUUUUGCAACUGCACUUGAAGAAACUUUCAAAGUUCUUGAAAUGUUCUGUAUUGACUGACUUUCUUGUCUUAAAGUAAUGAUGGACUGUUGUUUCUCUUUGCUUAUUUGAGCUGUUCUUGCAUUAAUAUGGACUUGGUCUUUUACCAAAUAGGGCUAUCUUCUGUAAACCGCCUCUACCUUGUCACAACACAACUGAUUGGCUCAAACGCAUUAAGAAAUAAAGAAAUUCCACAAAUUAACUUUUAAGAAGGCAGACCUGUUAAUUGAAAUGCAUUCCAGGUGACUACCACAUGAAGCUGGUUGAGAGAAUGCUACGAGUGUGCAAAGCUGUCAUCAAGGCAAAGGGUGGCUAUUUGAAGAAUCUCAAAUAUAAAAUAUAUUUUGAUUUGUUUAACACUUUAAUGGUUACUACAUGAUUCCAUAUGUGUUAUUUCAUAGUUUUGAUCUCUUCACUGUUAUUAUACAAUGUAGAAAAUAGUAAAAAUAAAGAAAAUCCUUGAAUGAGUAGGUGUGUCCAAACUUCUCACUGGUAGUGUAUAUGGAGAUAGUUUAGUGCCUAAAAUAAUGGGAUAAAUAUACUGAACAAAAAUAUAAAUGCAACAAUUUCAACGAUUUUACUGAAUUACAGUUCAUAUAAGGAAAUCAGUCAAUUGAAAUAAAUGGGCCCUAAUCUAUGGAUUUUCACGACUGAGCAGGGGCGCAGCCAUGGGUGGGCCUGUGAGGGCAUAUGCCCACCCCCUUGGGAGCCAGGCCCACCUACAGGGGAGCCAGGCCCAGCCAAUCAGAAUGAGCUUUAUUACAGACAGAAAUACUCCUCAGUGGCUGGUCUCAGAAGAUCCCGCAGGUGAAGAAGCCAGAUGUGGAGGUCCUGGGCUGGCGUGGUUACACAUGGUCUGCGGUUGUGAGGCCAGUUGGACAUACUGCAAAAUUAUCUAAAACGACGUUGGAGGCGGCUUAUGGUAGAGAAAUGAACAUUCAAUUGUCUGGCAACAGCUCUGGUGGACAUUCCUUCAGUCAGCAUGUCAAUUGCACGCUCCCUCAAAACUUAAGACAUUUGUGGUAUUGUGUUGUGUGGCCUUUUAUUGUCCCCAGCACAAGGUGCACCUGUGUAAUGAUCAUGCUGUUUAAUCAGUUUCUUGAUAUUCUACACCUGUCAGGUGGAUGGAUUAUCUUGGUAAAGGAGAAAUGCUCACUAAUAGGGAUGUAGAUAAAUGUGUUGUUCCAUGUAGUGAACCUGUUAUUCAACACGUUUCUUUUGGCUAAUAGCAAUAAUGUCAAAUUCAAUGUUUAAUCAAAUUUUUGUAUACCUUUAGUGGUAUUAAAAUUCAAAAUCAAAUAGCUAAGUUAUCCUUGGUAUGACCAUCUUAAAACAAUUCCUUAUGUUCGCUUAGAACCCCCCCUCCACUAGAUUAGACAGGGCUUAGAAUCUAGAGGGUUAAGAAAUGUAGUUUACUGCGAGUUGUGUAUGUGUGGACCAGUGGCGAUUUUAGCAUGUAAAUGUUGGUGGUGCAAACAAAAAAAAUGUUUUUAAGAUGCAUGCCAGCAAAGCCAAUACACAACACAACACUAAACAAUACAUUAAUUGCUCUAUAAUGGUGACAAAUGGUGCCCACAAACUGUUAGGGCCUACAUAAAGCUGUCCCAACAGCAGAGUCCCAACACCUUACCACUGCUACACCUGGCUAUCAGCGGAGCCUUGUCUGGCAGCGAAACAGUUCAUUCAGACUAAUUUACUGCCUUUUUUAAAAACAUAGCUGAUAUGGCUGACAUGCUUAAACAAAUGUGGUUUCUACUGACAAUUGAGAUGUACAAACUAUGGCAUUAGAGAACGACGAGCGGAUAAGAGGCAAUCCGUAAUUUCGAUUAAGAUAUUAAUGAGCGAGCUAGGACGGACGUAGUCAAUAUAACUAUUUGUUCAGCACUUUUGAAAUGUACAGCGAAAGAAUUCAGAACAUGGGCCAUUCUUACAGUAUUCUCUCUGUACACCAAGUCAGAACCGUAGGAUAAAUAAAGGGGUCAUAUAAGCAGACAAUGAAAGCUCUUACAAUAUUCAAUGAUUACAUUUCUCUAAAACAGGCUAUAGGCUACAUGUGCACCACCAAGUCAGAACAGUAGGCUAAGUUAAGAGGGGGAAAGGGACCAAAUUAUUAGUGUGAGGCACAUGGGCUACUAACAGCUUACUACACAACAUACACUUAGUAUUACUUUCUUAGCUACAGCAUACAUAUCUCCCUGGCAUAUUACAUCAUUAUGCAACAGCAUACAAGACAAUUUUGGACUCACCUUGUUGUUCUGUGAUCACUUGAACAGGAAGGUGGUGCGGCUGUCCCUGUUGUGGGCAAAUUUGUCAUCAAACUUUGUCAUCAAUGUCUGGCAUUCUCUGGAUUUAUGGUGCUUUCAAGACAACUGGGAACUCUGAAAAAAACAAGGUUGAAUCAUGAUGUCAGUGAUCUUCUUGUCGGAGAUCUAGAAAGAGGCCCGAGUUCCCGACUUGGAAUUCCGAGUUUGAUGACCGUUCAAAAUGUAUUUUCCCAGUCGGAGCUCGUUUUUUUCAAAGUUCCCAGUUGUCUUGCACUCACUGAAGUCUGAGAUUUCCCAAUUAUGAGUUUCCAGUUGUUUUGAACGCGGCAGAAGUCAUGCUGGAUUGACAGCAUGGCCAAUGUAUCCAACCUUUUCUGGCCCAUGAUGUUGUCUGUGAAUGUUUAUCCUUUUAAGUUUGGAAAAGAGACCCUUAAACCCACACUUGAACCACACACCGACUCCACUGAAUAGCAGGCUAGUGAUUGCUUUGCAAUGUUUGCAGUUAGCCACUGAUUCCUUCCAAACCACUCAUUGUUGAAUUUGCGAUUUCCAACUUGUUGUGUAAUGUUUAUGUCCAAUGACCGAUGAGCAUUGAUACGUUUUAUCUAUAAUUUCACUUCUUAUGACAAGGAUUGAAAAGGAUUUGCCAGUAGAUUGUUGACUUGAUUCAUGAUGAUGACUGCUUGUCUAGCUUGCUAGCUAAGAUUUUGAAAGUAUGAUGUUGACAUGAUCAGUCCAAUCAAAGCUACGGUAGAUAUAACGUGAUUUGACAUCAUCUUAUCGGUGACCAAUGACUUUGAGCCUUCUUGGAUGGGGAUUUCUAAUGUAAAUCUAUGGCAGCACCCAAGGGACUUGAAGUUUUGAGCUCUUCCUGUAGAUUUUGCGGUGCUGUGGUGUCCCCAUGAGUGACAGAAUACUGAGCCAAUCACGGCGCAACUAGAGAACAUUACCAACCCCUACGCUCCGUAUUUUACUGAGCUAGGCUGAAACACCUGCAUUUUGGAGCUGCCUUACUCAAGAAAGCAAAAAAGAGACCAUGUUUGUACGCAGCUUUAUUAUCUCAAUUAUUAUUUAUUUUUUACAUUGUUUACGAACUGAUAUGUGACAGGUAUUAAUUAAAAACUCCACUUUGUCCAUGACAGCCAACAGAGGCUCAUCAGAACACACCCCUUCUUACAUGUUUCUCUUGGGGUCAGUCUUCUCCAGAUGAACCAGGGCUUGAGCUGCUCUGCCCCAGCUGCCCUGAAUGGCGGGUCGCCACUGGUGUGGACUCUAUUUAUAUCUCUCUUUCUUCACUAUUUUUCCCUAUUUCUCUGUCUUUGUCACCUCCUUCUCUCUUCUCUCAUCACUUUUCUCUCUUCCUUAUCUCUUCUCUGUUCUCUCUCUCUUUUUCUCUCGCUCUCUCUCUCACUCUCUUGCUCUCUUUUCUCUGUAACAGUGGCAGUGGAUAAGCUUCCUGACUUCCUAGCGGCCCCCACACCAGACGGCAAGCCUGGACCACACCACCAGUGUUCCAUCCACCUUAACUGUGAGAGUGUGGAGGUGUUACAGACAGCCUACAAUGACUGCAAGGAGGGACGGCCCUCGUCCAGGUACACACGCACACAGGCACGCACGUACGGACACACUCACAUCCAGGGACACACACAUGUGCAUACAGGUUCACAUACUGCACGCACGCUCGCACACACACACACAUUCUUCCUUUUCUCUCCCCUACAGGCCCAUGAUCGAGAUGACCAUUCCAUCGGUGUUGGACCCAACACUGGCGCCCCCUGGAAGUCAUGUGGUGUCGCUGUUCACCCAGUUUACUCCAUAUCGUCUGGAGGGAGGGAGAGCGUGGACAGAACAGGACAGAGAGGCCUUCGCAGACUCAGGUUAGAACGCACACACGGACACACACACGCACACACGUGGAGACACUCUUAGAGCAGUUGCCACUGAUGCUAGUAACAAAAACAUUGUCACCCACCCAGAAAGUGUUCAUCCUCAGUAGAUUUUGUAUAACAUUUUACUGCUCAUCACAGGCAUUAUUGAACCUAUAUGAAACUGACUAUGUCUCUGUGUAUCUGUGUAGCAUUUAGCUGGAUUGAGCAGUAUGCCCCUGGGUUCAAAUCCUCCAUCGUUGGCAAAGACGUCCUGACUCCCCCUGACCUGGAGAGGAUAUUUGGCCUAACUGGAGGGGUAUGUAUGUGUGCUUGUGUGUGUGAAAAUGUCUGUGUGUGUGACGGUUCACAUCCAGAAUGUACGUGCAUAUCUAUAUUUCAAGUCGAUUUGCUAAUAGCUAGUAGUAGAGUAGAUAGUGUUCCACUGGGAAGUAGCAUGGAUUUAUACAAGAAACUGAUAUGCAUACCACCAAAACACAGGCUCUGAACCAGGAAGUGAUUUACAUAGGAGUGCUCUCUUCCUCCUGCUUUUUUUCGUCAGAGAGAGAGAGUGUGUAUGUGUGCUAACUAACGGCAUUGAACGGUUUAUGGUUACCAACAGUUACCAUGAUACUGUCCGUCAGAAUCAAAGUUCAUAUCUGCUAUUCAAAGUAGUUCAAGCACUUGUUUCUCGUUCAUGGCUCAUUUUGCAUGCUUAAACUACUGUGCGCUUUUACACUGCUGCUUUCACAAAGCCGAUGAAUGGACUCUGAAAGUGCAGUUUAAAGAUUUAAGUCUAAGACUAGUGCAGUUAGUAAGUCCCAAGUUUAUUACCAGCUUGACUAUGUUCACUUUUUCAAUCUCAUCUACUCAUUCACGGACUCAAUUCCAUUACUCAUUUUUUCACUCAGUCCUGUUCUUUCCAUUCUCUCAGUUCCCCAUCAGGGGACGACCAUAGAGACGUGGAUGAGUGAGUCAAAGCCCCUGUCUUCUUAGUCAUGCCUAAAUGAGAAGUAGGGUUAGCAAAGUUAUGCCCUAAACCCUUACUGUUCCCUCUGUUCCCUGAUUUCAAUCAUCUAUUCCCCCCCCCCCCUUCUCAUGGAUCUAGGCCUAGAGCAAAUCCAUAUUAUCAGAAACUCCCUAAUCUACUUUGAUGGCUAAGAGGUUCAAAGGAAUGGAAUAUGGUUGAAACUCUUCCUAGCCCAUGCUCACACCAAUCCAAUGCUUUUAGAUCAUUGUGGGGAAUUGAACAAGAGUGCACUUUAGGGAGAAGAGGGCAAAUUGGACUUGGGUUUAUGUAGAAUGGUAUUUUAUCCUCCACAGAAUAUCUUCCACGGAGCAAUGUCAUUGGAUCAGCUCUACCUCGCUCGACCUCUGCCCUCCCUUUCAGACUACCGUUCACCAAUCAAAGGGCUUUAUCUUUGUGGCAGCGGCUCCCAUCCAGGUUUGUGA